AUGAACCUAGUUCAGGCUGUGACAUCCACAGUUGGAGCAUCGCAACUAUCGUUGCAAAACACCACCAAUCAGCACCUUGCCGAUGUGAAGAAGACCCUUGGGACUCUUCAGGAUGGCAUGGCAACUGAAUCCAAGUCUGUAAUGAAGGCCAUCGAGGAGCUAGGAAGCAAAACUAGCUCACUCGAGAAAGCCGUCACCGAGGAAGCCAAAGCAGUUUGUGAAGCAGACAAGAUGCGGCGCCUUGAGUUUGCCCUUCAGAACAUAUCGAUUGUUGCCAAAGACUUCAUAAUCAAAUAUGCACAAGACAAUGGGCAACCUUCUUCAGGCUACCACAGCUACAGGUACUCGUCAAGAAGCGAAAAUGCAGAGACCCUCUUCAGAGAUAUUCUGCUAGCGUUUCGGCGGAAUCUUGGAUACUACAUCACCAACUACUACAGUGUGGUACCGUCUGGCUCCUACGAUGAGGGUCGUUUUAAAAGCACAAUCAACCAGGAGUGGUGCAAGGCGUUUCAAGACAAGCUUGUGCUCAAGCUUCACUCAUUGCUCGGGAAGAAGCCAGUGAUUACCACAGACAAUGGAGGCCGUAUAAUCAUUUCGUAUGAGUAA